AUGGUGUCCAUAGAAGCACAGUGCUCCGCAUACGGCAAACACUUCAGUGUAGCCACCUCACAGGCCCCCAAAGUUGGGAGUCUUGUGCAGGAGUUCACGGAGUUAAAGAGAAGAGGAGAUCAGGUUCACGCCAAUGUGACGGCAAAGAAACUUGAAGAGGAUGUUGUGGUGCUGCAGUUGCCUGUCCUCGAGGGUCUGAAGGCAUUCAUAGACUUCCUCAUGGCCCUGGCUCUUUGGAGGGAAGACAAAAACAACGGAGUUCUUCUUAUGGGGCCGAACGGGUCCGGGAAGUCUUCUUACCUCCGCACCCUCGGCCUGAUGCAUGUCUUAGCACAAAUGGGUUCUUUAGUCCCUGCCAUAUCAGCAGAAAUGCGCUUAACAAAUUCGAUUCAUGUUUGCUCCCCCUCUCUGCUGAAAGGCAGCAACCACGAAGAAUGCACGCAACUCAUUGACGCCGUCAGGGCCGCAACAGCGAAAGACAGAAAAUAUCAAAACAACAAGCAUAGAAGAAGCAAGAACAGAAAUAACCGAUGCAGCCUAGAGGAAAACAAAGACGAAGCCAACGACGCCUCCCUCAUUUUGAUUGACGAGAUAUUUCGAUCGGUGCCGCACGCCGAAGGCUUUUCAGUAUGUUGGGCCAUCAACCAACUGCCUCUCGCUGAUCAUUACAAAUGCUUUUUGUCUGCAGCAGGGGAGAACGGCCUCACGCCUCUUUUUAAAAUUGCAAAAAACAGCGAAGGUAAGCAACAGAAGACUACCACACAAAAGAUGUCUGUAUACUGGAACGGGACAGAGGCAGAAGCCGCCCAGAUGGCCUACGGAGUAUUGGGAUCCAAAGGAAAACUGAACAAAAUUAUAGUUGAAGAGGCAGAAGCAUUCAUUGCCGAGGCAGAUGGGGCACUCAUGCCGCAUGCGCAGUGUCUGCAGACAGUUGAAAUAACAAGAUGUGAGAAUAGUUCUAAACCCUCAGCGCUACUCUCUAAACACAAAUGCACUCUGCUUCGUUCAGGGGCCUACGAGAUCAUCCAUUUGCUGGAGAACGCUGUCAGCAGCUUCAGCAUCCACAGCACCACAGAUAGUAGGAACAGCAGCAACACCAGCAGCAGCAACAACAGCCACAGGCGGUUUUUGCGUCUUCUAGAGGAGGCUCAGAGGGUGAUAGAGGUGGUUUGUGUGGAGACAGAUGCGUGA